AUGUUCCUUUCCAUCGUUUUGGCAGUGCUUUGUUUUUGCUGUAGAGCUUUAGCGAAUCCAGACCAGCAAAGCUUUCCUGAUAUGGUUUUUACAGUUCUUAAAGAGCAUGACCCUUUAUUCGUGGAAAAAAUUGAGGGCAACUUAUCCACACUAAAAUAUACAUUAUACAACUCUACGAUUGUUGGCUCUAAAAAUUGUGAAAUAAAGAAUUUUAAAGCUAAUAAGGAUGAAACAGCAGUACAACUCGAACUACAUUGUUCUUCAAUAACGUUGAUGGGCGACUAUGAUACCAAUGGACGUCUUAUAGCUCUAAAUGUAGAAGGACAUGGUGGUUACAGCAUUAUUUCAGGAAAAUAUAAAAUAACCAUUGACUUUGAACUGACGAAAGCACAAGGGAAGGAUGGGAAAACUCAUUUAGCAAUCAAAAACUUUAAAAUAAAAUGUGAGGGUUUAUCGGCAAACAAAUACAACUUUAAAAAUUUAUUUAACGGUCAGAAGGAAUUGUCGGAUGCCUUAGAUAAAUUUAUUGAUGACAACUGGAAAGAAGUUGACUCAUUUGUGGAGGAACCGGCGUGGACCGCUAUAAUAAAAAAAGUCAUACUCCAUACAAACGAUUAUCUCAAGGAUGUGCCAUUAGAAAAUAUAGUUCUAAAA